CUCCAACAUGUUUAUAUAGUUGUACCUACUUGGAAGUAGGCAUAGGUGCAAACAAUUACAGGGUUUUUGUAUUUUCCAUCUUGCUAGUAAAAUGACCUUUUAGGAAGCAGUUCCAUUAGCUGUUUUCAUUUGUUUUACUCUGGACUUGGUUUUUGUGUUAAUGGCUUUGUUUAUAGUUUAAGUGCAUUGAAACAUUGUGAUCUCAUUCACAAAUGAGGAAGAGGAAAUAAUUAUCAUUGAAUUUAAUAGUUUUGUUGUUGAGAAAAUUAUUUAUAUUAUAAGAUGGAAAGUGAAGAAUAGAUGGUGACAGAUAAACUCAUUAAUAUUCAGGAUUGAUUCCGGGAAUCAUCAUUUUUAUGGAACAUGCUAUGAAAAAGAUAUACUUUUCUUUAAAGGAACAGCCUAACAGCAUCAUAUGUGGAGGCACUUUUUAAAGGAACUAUUCAUUAUAUGAGGUAUUUGAUUUACAAUACCAGCGGCCUAGUGACUGAAUGAUGGUCUGCCAGCAGACUAUUUAACUCAGUGCUUCAUAUAAUGGGUAUGUUUUAUGUUGCAGGGUCUCUUCCUCUGCCCUGGUCCACCAGAAUGAAAAUUGCUCUUGGUGCUGCCAGGGGCCUUGCCUUGCUUCAUGAGGAAGCUAAAAGACCUGUAAUUUAUCAUGACUUUAAAACAUCUAAUAUCCUUGUGGGUGCAGUGUGUGACUCGAAUGAUGUUAACAAUUUCCUUUUUAUUUUUCCAUGUAUCAUCCUUGUCUAAGAGUUUGCCAACACCUUUCCAGGAUUACAAUGUCAUGCUUUCUGAUUUUGGACUAGCUAAAGAUGGUCCAGAGUAUGUAAUGACAAGUCAGUAGAACAGACAAACUGGCAGGAAUGGCAUUAACCCUCCCCCCUCUCUCUCUCCCAGCACACAAAAUCCCCAAAAUUAUCUGUUUAAUUUUCUUUUAGUUUGAGGAAUUAUUUUAAGGCAUUUGAUAUAUGGCGCUGGAAAGUUGCAGC